GGGUGCUAUCUGGGGCCGAGCUCGGGGCGUGUUCACUGACUCACAUUCCUGUCUGUGCUUAAGUAUACUCACGCACAAACGAUUCACUUUAAACACCGACGAGCAGAUCUAACCUAAAUUCAAGAUGUUUUUUGCCAAGCAGGUCAUUGGAGGCCUUAUAAAUGUUGUCAGCAACAUUGAUCAGUUUGUGCCAAGUGACCCACCUCCUCCACGCAGACCUGUGGCUUAUGCAGAACAACAUGAAAGUGAUGAAGAGAGGCAGUUUCGUAAGGUCUUCCAACAACUGGCCGGGGAAGACAUGGAAGUGAGCCCCAAUGAGCUGAUGAACAUUCUGAACAGAAUUAUUUCCAAACAUGGCGACUUGAAGACAGAUGGUUUUUCCAUUGAGAACUGCAGAAGCAUGGUGGCCGUGAUGGAUAGUGACAGCACUGGGAAACUCGGGUUCCAUGAAUUUAAACUACUUUGGAACAAUAUAAAAAAAUGGCAGGCAGUUUACAAGUCCUGUGACAGAGAUCGAUCUGGGUAUAUUGGAGCAGAUGAACUCCCUGGGGCUUUCACAGCUGCCGGGUUCCCUCUUGAUCAGCAUCUGUUUAAUAUGAUAAUAAGACGAUACAGCGAUGAAAAUGGAAACAUGGAUUUUGACAAUUACAUCGGCUGCCUUGUGCGGCUGGACGCGAUGUGCCGUGCCUUCAAAACCCUGGAUAAAGAUAACAAUGGAAGCAUCAAAGUCAAUGUACAAGAGUGGCUCCAGUUGACCAUGUACUCUUGAAUGCAGCUGAUGCCCCCUCUUCAGUUUGUUACACAGUGCCACUUUGUCUACACGGUUCGGCAUGAGUUAUUCUUUCACUUGUGUUUCAUGCAGGGCUAUUUUAUAUUUGCCAUUUGAAAUGUGUUUAUCCUUUUUAACUAUGUUUUAUGCACUUCAACUUAUAAAAUAUCUUUAUAAACAGAGUCUACAUAACUAUAAUAAGUAUAGCAAGUGAUUAUAAAUGAAAGCGAAUGUUACUGAGAUAUUAUGUUACCCCUGUUUCUCGUAAAAAUACACAAAAACUAAAUUGGUGGGUCCCCAUUUCAUUUACAGCAUAGUUUUUACAUCUAGGGUUGUAUUGAGCAAGUCAUCAGAUCUGCUUGAAUCCUAUUUCUUAUCUAAAACUACAAUAUAUUUGAAAUCACACUAGACAAAACGAUGGCUGUUCUGUAGCUGCUCUUUGGACUAUUUUCCAUUUCCAAGUUUUGUUGCAGUAGCGCCAAUAUUUAUGUACAAAAUUAUAUGUUUAUUAUUCCCAUUUUGUCUUACUAUUUUAUGCCUUGACUUGGUGGGUGGAACACAAAGGAAGACAAACUCAGUUAAGAUUAAAUAUUCAGAUUAUUAAAAAAAAUCUAGAAGUAAAUGUAUGUUGUGCUGAGAAGUGCUGGUAGUCUGGCAGCCAGGGAUGAGGGAAUGUGAUGGUGAUGUCAUUGAGACCAUUAAUAAUAUGCAUUUAAAGAUAUAUUUGUAAAAGCCAUUCAAAUGUCUGCCAUUCAUCUGUGCAUUAUACACUCAUCUGAACUAAUUUCUUUCCUCUAUGUUGUCGAACCAGUUUGUGGGUGUUACUGGUUUUGCUUCAUGUUCGAUUACAAUCAGUUAUCACAAUAUUAAGGAAAAGCUUACCGAUAAAAUAUUGUAUUUUUAAAGAUAUGUAUAAUUAUUAUUUUGAUCACUAUUGAGCCUAAAAUGUGGUUUGUCACAUCUAACCAGAAUCACAUAAUUUAAUAUGCCUUUCCACUCCAGAAUAACUCCUUGUAGUUUAAAAUGUGAGUUGUAAAAUGUCUAUUACAGACAAUCAGGUGCAGUUUGUUCGGAAGCAAAGCACAUUCAGACACAUUCGCAAACCUUAAAAGCUAUCUCACAUUUGCUAGGCCUAUACGAUAGACUCUAUAAAGAAAUUUAUGGACUACUCCCACUAAAAGAGCUGUGACAU